CUCUCUGGUAGGCCGCCGUCACUGGACCACAGCGCCUGGGAUGAAACCAACGAAGCCCGAGUGGUGGAAGGUACGUACACUAGCGAACUGGCGCGUUACCCAUCCUGAUCAAUCCACCAUCCACUCCAGCGGCAUGAACAUCGAGGUUCCCGGCUAGCACCUAAACGACGAUAACAACGACGACGACGACGACGGCUAGCUCCAAGAAGGUCGCACCGGGACUCAGUCAGAUUCUUUCGAAAUCCCAAUCUUCAUAUCACUCGACAAACACCACACACCCUCAAACAUGAGCUUGACGUACGGCGCCGGUGGCAUAGGGACGUCUCUGGCCGUCAUUGGAGCUUAUAUGCUCUUUACCGGCAGCGGCGAGGCCUUCAAUGUCGGAGCUUUCCUCGAAUCGGUAUCACCAUACGCCUGGGCAGAUCUGGGUAUUGCGCUUUGCAUAGGUCUUUCCGUGGUGGGCGCGGCAUGGGGCAUCUUCAUCACCGGUUCCUCCAUUCUGGGUGGAGGUGUUAAGGCACCACGAAUCCGGACAAAGAACCUAAUCUCCAUCAUCUUCUGCGAGGUCGUCGCCAUCUACGGCGUCAUCAUGGCCAUCGUGUUCUCGGCCAAGCUCCAACCCGUCACCGGCGCACAAUACUACUCGGGUGACAGCUACUACACGGGCUUUGCGCUCUUUUGGGCCGGCCUGACUGUUGGCAUGUGCAACCUGGUGUGCGGUGUUGCCGUCGGUAUCAAUGGCAGUGGUGCUGCGUUGGCGGAUGCUGCUGACCCUACGCUCUUCGUCAAAAUUCUGGUUAUUGAAAUUUUCAGCUCCGUUUUGGGUCUCUUCGGCCUCAUUGUCGGCCUGCUGGUUUCCGGCAAGGCCCCCGAUUUCGGCGCACAGUAGAACAUGGACUAGAAAGGAGAAAAAGAAGCUUCCUUGCUUUCUUUCCUCUCAUGCAUCUUGAUAUGCAACAACGACAACACACAACAAACAACUUCUUCGGGCUGCUAGCGAACCAGCAGGCUUUUUGGCGCUAGCUAGCGGGCGUGUCUAAGUCAAGGUCACAUUGUUAACGGCGUUUAUUGGAAGAGGCAUUCGCAUGGCUAAACGAUCAGGGCGCGGUCGGCAUCAUCGCACAUGAACAGACACGAGGGUAGAAGCUUUUCUAAAUCCUUUUUGUACGAAAAUGAAAAAAAAGAGGUCAGUAUCGUUAUGGAGGGAGUCCAUCAAAAUGUCCAUUUGCCUGGGGCUGUGACCCUUGUCUGUAUUGUAUCAUGUUCUAUGAUCACUUACACAUCGCUGCGUAAACCGCCCAUAAGCAACGCUUCCACCUUGGCACCCUUGCGCAACGGCUCUGGUCCGCAAGGCAUGCAGAGAAGCGCGUUGGCCCCCUUCAUACUUCCUACC